AUGCGUCACCGUUUUGCUUGCUUUGGUUGUAGUACUUGUACUCCGUACUGUCAUUAUGCAGUUGUUUUCCAAGCAACAUCAACACAACAGCAAGUCUGCAAGGCAUCAGCACUGGCAAUAGCCGUGGAAGCGCAUCGGCAGUCGUGCAUGCAACCCGGACUCCGACCCAGACUCAAGGCUCGGCCUUCACUCCUGGACCUCGUCCGCCACCGAAGCAACUCUUUGUCGUCCCGCCCAGGAACCAGCGACUCGUCGUCUGCGGUCGAGCUCCCCUUGCCGGCGUCUCCAGGGGCUGGAGCCGGAGCCGGUGUUGGUAGUAAUACUAGUGCCUGGCCUUGGUCUCCAGCUGGCUCUCGCCGGGGAUCACUGCUUGCAACGUCGGUGUUUGGCUCUCCCUCCUUCCCUGAUGUUGAGGCUCCUGCACCAGCUCCUCUCACUCCCCUGGCCCCGGCCUCAGCAGCUGCUCCUGCCUCUGCUACAUCAUCGCCUCCACUCUCUCCACCAGGCACGCCCAGCCCAAUCCGCUUCGACGCUGGAGCAGCUGUGUCAGAGCUGUCCUUGAACUCUCCACCCUCACCUUCACCACCUUCACCAGCAUCGCCAUCUCCCUCAACGUCGACGCUGUCAUCCUCGCAGCAUUCGUCGCCCUCCCCCGAGCGCUCUUCUCCCAUUCAUCAAGAGCCAGAGCCGACGUCUUCAAACCCGCCCAAGAUGCCGUCUAAAACCAACAAGACCAGCGAUGAAGCUGUUCAAUAUGGCAAAAUCUACUCCAUCUCCGGCCCCGUCAUUGUGGCCGAAGACAUGAUUGGCGUUGCCAUGUACGAGCUCGUCAAAGUCGGUCACGACAACCUUGUCGGUGAAGUCAUUCGAAUCAACGGAGAUCAGGCAUCAAUUCAGGUUUACGAAGAGACCGCUGGUGUCAAGGUUGGCGACCCUGUCGCACGAAGCGGAAAGCCCUUAUCCGUCGAACUUGGCCCUGGUCUGCUCAACGGUAUCUACGACGGUAUUCAGCGACCACUGGAGGAAAUCUCCAACGUUUCCAAGACCAUCUAUAUCCCCCGUGGUAUUUCAGUUGCUUCGCUCGACCGAAAGAAGAAGUGGCAGUUUACCCCUGCCAAGAAGGUUGGCGAUCACCUUGCCGGCGGUGACGUCUGGGGUAAUGUCUUUGAGAACUCCUUCCUUUCUAACCACAAGAUUCUGUUCCCACCUCGUGCUCGCGGCACUAUCACCAAGAUUGCCCCCAAGGGCGAGUACACUGUUGCCGAAAAUAUCCUGGAGGUUGAGUUUGAUGGCAAGAAGACUGAAUACCCCAUGAUGCAGUCGUGGCCUGUUCGAGUCCCUCGUCCCACAACUGAAAAGCUGGCUGCCGAUCAGCCUUUCAUUGUCGGACAGCGUGUCUUGGAUGCCCUCUUUCCCAGUGUUCUGGGAGGUACUGUUGCCAUUCCCGGUGCUUUUGGCUGCGGCAAGACUGUCAUCAGUCAGUCUGUGUCCAAGUUCUCCAACAGUGAUGUCAUUGUGUACGUUGGGUGUGGUGAGCGUGGAAACGAAAUGGCUGAAGUCUUGAAGGAUUUCCCUGAGCUGUCCAUCGAGGUUGACGGUCGCAAGGAACCCAUCAUGAAGAGAACGACCUUGAUUGCCAACACCUCCAAUAUGCCCGUCGCCGCUCGAGAAGCUUCGAUUUACACUGGGAUUACUGUCGCUGAAUAUUUCCGGGACCAGGGUCUAGACGUGGCCAUGAUGGCUGAUUCCACAUCGCGAUGGGCUGAAGCUCUGAGAGAACUUUCUGGUCGCUUGGGAGAAAUGCCUGCCGACCAGGGCUUCCCCGCCUAUCUCAGUGCCAAGCUCGCUUCAUUCUACGAACGUGCUGGCAAAGUUCAGACUUUGGGCUCCCCUGAGCGACACGGCAGUGUCAGCAUUGUUGGCGCUGUCAGCCCCCCUGGUGGUGAUUUCUCAGACCCUGUCACUACAUCCACUCUCAGUAUCGCCCAAGUCUUUUGGGGUCUCGACAAGAAGCUCGCUCAGCGAAAGCAUUUCCCUUCAAUCAACACGACUGCAUCGUAUACUAAGUACACGACCAUUCUCGACAAAUUCUACGAAAAGGAUUACCCCGAGUUCCCCCGGCUUCGAGACCGAAUCAAGCAGCUCAUUUCCGACUCGGAAGAACUCGACCAAGUCGUGCAGCUUGUUGGUAAGAGUGCCUUGUCUGAUCCCGACAAGAUUACUCUUGAUCUCGCUGCCCUGAUCAAGGAAGAUUUCCUGCAACAAAAUGGUUACUCAGACUAUGAUCAGUUCUGCCCCAUCUGGAAGACGGAGUGGAUGAUGAAACUCAUGGUUGGCUUCCACGAUGAGUCCCAGAAGGCAAUUGCCCAAGGCCAGAGCUGGGGCAAAGUACGUGAAGCCACUGCCGACCUACAGGCUAAGCUGAAGCAACUCAAGUUUGAGUUGCCUUCUGACGGCCAGGAGGCAAUCGCUAAGAAGUAUGAAGCCAUUCAACAAGAAAUGAUGGACAGGUUUGCAUCCGUCAUUGACGAGUAA